AUGAUCCAGAAGAUGAGGCCAUGGCAACAGCUCAGUUGGAUAAGGUACCAAAGCAGGGUUGUAGUCAAACCGCAAACCUUACCCUUCCAAUUGGUUCACCGGACAUUCGCCACCGGGCCACCAUCGGUACCUUCCGGCAAGAGUCCGGAAAAGCCAAAACCUUCCCUAUGGAGUAGAGUUAAGCAUGAGGCACAGCAUUACUGGGAUGGUACGAAGCUACUAGGUUUAGAGAUGAAGAUUUCAAGUAAGCUUCUUUUUAAGAUGUCAGCCGGUUACGUGCUUAGCCGUCGUGAAAUGCAACAAUUAAAGAGAACAACUCGGGACGUUGUCAGAUUGGUUCCUUUUUCGGCUUUUGUUCUUGUCCCAUUUGCUGAGUUACUCUUACCUAUUGCGUUGAAGUUGUUCCCCAAUCUAUUGCCCUCAACAUACGAGUCUAGCCAGGACAAGCAAUCAAAGUUGAAUAACUUACGGAAAACUAGAAGUCUCAUGUCUCAAAUCAUAAAGGACAACAAAUCGCAUUUCAAGCCUGGAAAUAUUACAGAUGAUCAGAAAGUGGUUUUCAAUAGUUUUUACAAGCAUGUUAGGGCCUCAGGUGAGCCGGAAUCUCGCCAACAGUUAAUUCAGGUUGCAAGGCUAUUCACCGAUGAUACUGUUCUGGAUAAUGUGACCAGACCUUACUUGGUAGCUCUUGCCAAGUACAUUAAUUUGCAACCAUUUGGCACUGAUGUGAUGCUUCGUUACCGUAUCCGUUAUAAAUUGUUGGAGUUGAAGAAAGAUGAUAUCGCCAUUUAUUACGAAGGUGUUGACAGCUUGGAUAGUACUGAACUACGUACCGCAUGUGCUUCGAGAGGAAUCAGAAAUUUGAACGUUGAAGAAUCGGUUUUACGUGAUAAUUUAAAGAUUUGGCUGAAUAUGAGGCUGAAGGACAAAAUUCCAUCAACGCUAUUAGUCAUGGCUACUGCUUAUACGUACGGUGAUAUCACCUCCAAAAAAAACCUCUACGAAGCCUUAUGCGAUGUCUUGAGUGGUAUUCCAGACGAAUUGUAUCAUGAAGUUAAAGUGAACGUCGUGGAAGAAAACAGUGCCACGAAUAAAUCGAAAAUGGCCCAAUUGAAGGAGCAGGAGGAGAUCAUGAAAGAAGAAGAACAACAGGAGAAGGAUGCAGUCGUAAAAGUGAAGGACGAAUUGAGUUUGGAUGCCCUUGAUAAGCAUGAAGAGAAGCUACCGGCUCAAGAGCACAAGUAA